AUGUCGUUGGCGUUGUCAAGAACAAGGAUAUUUCAGAGAAUUCCGGACGGAGGUUAUGUUUGUGCUCGCGCAGCUAGCCGGGCAACCAUUCCCUCUGUCAGAGUUGUCUCUGGCCGUCCGGUGAUUUGCCGCCGCUCAGAUUUUCAGAUGCAAUCGUUCAGCAACACAUAUCAGAGUUAUGCCACAUUACAAGAUAUAGGAAAGCAAACGGCAUCGAUCGAAGAAAUCCAAUUGAAAAACGAGUUCGAGGCGAACAGAGAUAUCCGGGACUAUCUGGUAAAAUGGCAGAAACGGAAUCCGAAUGUCCUUGACCCGGUUCGAGAACCGGAGGAUAUGUCGUCCCAGUGGAGGGGCAACAUGUUGAACGAUAACCGGGAGGCCGAUGGUGCGAGUAUCGAUGAGUUGCACUCAGAGGCGGAGGCUGUAGACUUUCCCAACAUUGGCGAUGAAGGCGAGGGAAUUGACGAAUUUCUAGAGCCGGGAGAUCUGGUGGCAUUGUACUCCACCGACGGAAGCUUGACCUUUGGCAUCUACGUGCGAUCAGUUCAGAAACAACAACAAUUCUACACAGAGCGAGGAAAAUGGCGCAUCGGCUUUCACAGAGAUCUUGACUACGUGCUCAAGGGUUUUGCUGAGCCGGAAGACAUGGAACCACUGCUUGCAUACUUCCCCAACGCUGUCGCCGAAUUGAGCCAGGAGUUGCAGUCAGCAAUCGAAGGAGGUGUGCCACGGUCACUGGGCGCUCAUCUCUUGGAAAGUAUGAGCUCGUUUAGCAAUCAGAUUCUGGAUUUUUAUCGCGAAAAUUCGACUCGGUUGGAUAGCAUCCACGAGCUCGUGGCUGAUGAGGUAGAUAGCGUCGGAUACACGAUUGAAGAACUAGCUAUGAAGGCGUUGGACAUGGAGCAAGAGGAGCUAAAUGACGUGAUUCUGUUUGCUGUUCAUCGUGCUGCUAUCCAGAAUUCAUUCCUCAUCCAGAAUGAUCGCAGCUUCGUGUUCUCGGAUUACUACCUCGUGCAGCCAAAAAGGAUCGCCAGGACGUUACAAACAGUCACGACAUGGGUCCAUGAACACCAAGAAAUGCUCGUCCGAUCUACCAUGGGUGAAGACACGCCAAAGCUGAAGGACCACCCGAUUCAAGACUUUACUCAGAAGGCACGUCGCCUCGUCCAACUCAGUCGAAAAGUCCGUUCACCAACGAAGAUGGCAAACGUGGGACCUACGUCUCAACGUUUCGAACCAGAGCAGAACGAGAAUCCGUUGGUAUAUCGGGAGGUUGUCACCGAGAAGUUUAAUCAAUUUGACCGCAAAAUCAUCGAGUUUCUGCAAUUAUGGUGCAUCCCGCCAAGGCGCAUGACAGCUGGUUCGCUGAGGUCGUCAGGCUCACACAUCAUUCGGACUACGGGAAUGUACGGUGGCUUGGAAGUGGACGCUGUGACAGCACCGCUGUUCCUACAGGAACUAGGUGUGGUGUCUCCUUGGGAGAAUAUGCGCCUGCUCGACCUUGCCUUGGGUCUUCCAGGGCACGGUAUCUCCAGCCGGAACGACAAAAUGCUGAAGGAAGUGCGGAUGGAAUCCCGCAGACUCCAGACAGAGGGAAUGACAGACACCAUGCAGGACUUGCGAACGGACUGGGGUGAGCUGCCUAUCUACUGCGUUGACGACGUGGACGCACAGGAAAUCGACGACGGUGUUUCUCUUGAGCCGGUCCCCGGCUCAAACGACGAAUUCUGGCUUCGCGUGCACGUAGCCAAUCCGUCGGCCUUCAUCUCGCACGACAAUGUGAUCAUGAAGUACGCGGCUAUGCGCAAUCAGACUCUCUACACCCCGGAACGCACCUACCCAAUGCUCCCGCCAACCCUGACACACAAGAACUUCUCUCUCGCCCCAGGCCGUCCAACACUCACCUUCAGCGCAAGAAUGAACCGCCAGGGCGAAGUCCUAGAGACCGACGUCCGCAAUGGCACAGCCGGAAACGUAAUCUACAUAACCCACGACAAGCUCCGCACCCUCUUCGAACCCGAAUCACCACCCCAACCGCCCCUAACAGUAGGCGGGACCCUCACCACGCAAUCCACCCGCGAAAACAUCCAGAACACACUCACCCCCUCCGACGAACAAACCUUCCACACAAUGCGCGACCUCAUGCUCGCCUUCCGCUCAGCCUACCGCCUCAAAAACGGCGCCAUGGACUUUCCCUUCACCCCAGACACCCCCGUCUCCAUCAGCGCCGGCUCCGCCCCCUUCAAACCAUACAACAUGCGCAGCACCACAGUGGGGAAAUACAUCCUCGGCGAUCCCAUCAUCCAACUCCGUCCGCAGGACGACAAUCCCCAUGAAGUCCCCGACCUCACAAAACGAAACCUCAUCUCCCUACUUAUGAACCUCGCCUGCUGGGUCUCCGGCCGUUGGUGCGCAGAGCGCAACAUACCCGCUGUCUUUGACGGAACUUGGUAUCAUCCGGAGUACGCGCCGCUCACGAACACCAACAUGCACGAGUACGGCGGUGAGUCGUGGCUGAAUAUCGCCGCGCCACGGGGUAUCUCGUCGUCAACGCCUCUGCACCACACGACACUAGGCCUAGAUGCAUACGUCAAGUCAACAAGUCCUCUCCGCAGAUACUCCGACCUACUCGCGCACUACCAAAUCGAAGCCGCCCUGCGCGCCGCCGCAACGAACCCUUCCGCAGGCCUCUCAGAAACCUUACCCUACACCCACGACUCCGUCGAAACCUACCUCCACCGCACGCGCUGGCUGCGCACCCGCAUCCGCGACGUCUCCAAAGCCUCCGCCCAACACUGGGCCACACACCUGCUCUUCCGCGCCUUCUACUUCGCCGAAUGCACCCUGCCCGAGACAUUCACCUGCAUCCUGCACAAACCUCUCUCGCAAACCGCGUUAGUGGGGACAGAGUAUGCGCAGGGCUACGCUGGUACGAUCACGAGUCUCGGUGUGAAGUGCUCCGUUGUGUUUGCGGAGGGGUCAGGCGUUGCGGAGGAGAUUGGGGAGAUGGGGAUUUUGAGCACGGUGGAGGCGAGGAUAAGAGAGGUGGAUUUGGGGAGAGGCAUUGUUGUUAUGGAGGGGGUAAAGGCGGGUGUGGGUUUCACGAGAGUGGGUGAGUGGGCGUGA